GCCGAUCCGAGGGAGCGGAGGCGAUCCGGGCAGCGCCGAUCCGAGCCGGUGCUGCCGCCGCGCCUGCAGCAGGAGGCGCUGCCGGGCGCCGCUGCGCCCGCGCCGGGCUGCGGGCCGGAGUCCCACAUUCCCCGUGCCAAGUGCCGGGGAGCGGGGGUUGGACGUGCGCGCUCGGCUCCUCCCUCCCGCCCCACUCGCCCAGCAGCAAAGUAACUCCGGAGUACGAGGGGAAUCGCUGCCGCCGCCGCCGCGCUCGUCGCGCCGUAGACGGCUGCCCCAGCGGGCGGCCCCGGGGCGAGCGGGCGCCCCUCGGCGCGGGGGUCUCCUGGCGAGGCGCCGCGGCGAGAGGGGCGGUCGAGGUGCGCUCCGCCCGCCGCCGCGGGCCGGGGCAGCACCGGCCUCUUUCAGAAACUUCUCCGCAAGUCGGCAUGGGCAGGGGGGCCGGCGCCGCCGCCUCGCUGCCGCUGCUGGCGGCGCUCGCCCUGCUGGCCGGCCGCUCGCCCGCCCUGCUCGGGGCGGCCCGGGCCCAGCUCUCGGCAGGAGGAUGCACCUUCGAUGAUGGUCCCGGGCCCUGUGACUACCACCAAGACCUGUACGACGAUUUCGACUGGGUGCAUGUCAGCGCUCAAGAGCCUCACUAUUUGCCACCUGAAAUGCCCCAAGGAUCAUAUAUGAUAGUGAUUUCAUCAGACCAUGACCCUGGAGAAAAGACUCGACUUCAGCUUCCAACAAUGAAAGAAAAUGAUACUCACUGCAUUGACUUCAGCUACCUUCUGUACAGCAAGAAUGGAGGAAACCCAGGCACUUUGAACAUCCUUGUUAGGGUGAACAAAGGACCACUGGCUAAUCCCAUCUGGAAUGUCACUGGCUCUACUGGCAAAGACUGGCUUCGAGCGGAGUUGGCUGUCAGCACUUUCUGGCCCAAUGAGUAUCAGGUAAUAUUUGAAGCUGAAGUCUCAGAUGGAAGAAAUGGCUACAUUGCCAUUGAUGACAUCCAGGUCCUGAGUUACCCUUGUGAUAAAUCUCCACAUUUUUUGAGGCUGGGGGAUGUAGAGGUCAAUGCAGGGCAGAAUGCUACAUUUCAGUGCAUUGCUACAGGGAGAGAUGCAGUGAAUAACAAGUUAUGGCUCCAGAGAAGAAAUGGGGAAGAUAUUCCAGUUGCUCAGACUAAAAAUAUAAAUCACAGAAGAUUUGCAGCUACUUUUAAGUUGCAAGAGGUGACAAAAACCGACCAGGAUUUAUACCGCUGUGUAACUCAGUCAGAAAGAGGUUCUGGAGUCUCAAACUUUGCUCAACUUAUUGUUCGAGAGCCUCCUCGGCCGAUAGCACCCCCGCAACUGCUGGGCGUUGGGCCUACGUACUUGCUCAUCCAGCUGAACGCCAACUCCAUCAUUGGGGAUGGCCCCAUUAUCCUGAAAGAAGUGGAGUACCGGAUGACGUCUGGGACUUGGACAGAGACCCACGCUGUCAACGCACCAACCUACAAGCUCUGGCACCUGGACCCUGACACCGAGUAUGAAAUCCGGGUCCUGCUCACUAGGCCGGGUGAAGGUGGGACGGGGCAGCCAGGGCCACCACUCAUCACCAGGACCAAAUGUGCCGAACCUAUGAGAACACCAAAAACACUGAAGAUUGCUGAGAUCCAGGCCAGACACAUCGCUGUGGAUUGGGAAUCUUUGGGUUACAACAUCACUCGUUGCCAUACUUUCAAUGUCACAAUAUGCUACCACUACUACUGUGGACACAACGAGAGCAAAGCAGACUGCUUGGACAUGGACCCCAAGGCACCUCAGCACGUUGUGGAUCAUUUGCCUCCCUACACAAAUGUCAGCCUCAAGAUGAUCUUAACCAACCCAGAAGGGAGGAAGGAAAGUGAGGAGACCAUUAUCCAGACAGAUGAAGAUGUGCCAGGCCCUAUACCUGCCAAAUCAGUGAAAGGAACUCCUUUUGAAGAUAAGAUCUUCCUCAACUGGAAGGAGCCUGUGGAUCCAAAUGGCAUCAUUACUCAGUAUGAGGUCAGCUAUAGCAGUAUACAGUCGUUUGAUCCCGCGGUUCCGGUGGCAGGACCUCCACAAACAGUGUCCAAGCUGUGGAACAGCACACACCACGUCUUCUCUCACCUGCACCCCGGGACUACCUACCAGUUCUUCAUACGUGCAAGCACCGUCAAAGGGUUUGGACCAGCAACUACGAUCAAUGUAACAACCAACAUCUCAGCUCCCACAUUACCGGACUAUGAAGGAGUUGAUGCAUCUCUCAAUGAAACUGCUACUACAAUAACUGUACUCUUGAGACCUGCACAGGCCAAAGGUGCACCUAUCAGUGCCUACCAGAUUGUUGUUGAGGAGCUGCACCCGCAUCGAACAAAGCGAGAAACUGGUGCCAUGGAGUGCUACCAAAUCCCUGUCACCUAUCAGACUGCUCUUAGUGGAGGGUCACCAUAUUACUUUGCUGCUCAGCUGCCCCCAGGAAACCUGCCAGAGCCAGCCCCCUUUACAGUGGGUGACAACAGGACGUACCAAGGUUUCUGGAACCCGCCGCUGGCUCCUCGGAAAGGCUACAACAUCUAUUUCCAGGCCAUGAGCAGCGUCGAGAAGGAAACCAAAACUCAGUGUGUUCGAAUAGCUACAAAAGCAGCAGCAACAGAAGAACCUGAGGUGAUUCCAGAUCCGGCUAAACAAACAGAUCGAGUGGUGAAAAUAGCAGGAAUAAGUGCUGGAAUUCUGGUAUUCAUCCUACUUCUCCUUGUUGUCAUAUUGAUUGUCAAAAAAAGCAAACUUGCAAAGAAGCGCAAGGAUGCCAUGGGAACCACCCGUCAGGAGAUGACCCACAUGGUGAAUGCCAUGGACAGGAGUUACGCUGACCAGAGCACUCUGCAUGCAGAGGAUCCCCUGUCAAUCACUUUCAUGGACUCGCAUAACUUCAGCCCCAGAUUGCCCAAUGAUCCACUUGUGCCGACAGCUGUGUUAGAUGAAAAUCACAGUGCAACAGCAGAGUCCAGCCGACUCCUGGACGUCCCUCGUUAUCUCUGCGAAGGCACGGAGUCCCCGUACCAGACCGGGCAGCUGCACCCUGCCAUCAGGGUGGCUGAUCUCCUGCAACAUAUUAACCUAAUGAAGACCUCUGACAGCUAUGGAUUUAAAGAGGAGUAUGAGAGUUUCUUUGAGGGGCAGUCAGCUUCUUGGGAUGUCGCUAAGAAGGAUCAAAACAGAACAAAGAACCGCUAUGGAAACAUUAUAGCAUAUGACCACUCCAGGGUGAUUUUGCAACCUGUUGAAGAUGAUCCAUCUUCAGAUUACAUUAAUGCCAACUACAUAGAUGGAUAUCAGAGACCAAGUCACUACAUUGCAACCCAAGGUCCAGUUCAUGAGACUGUGUAUGACUUUUGGAGAAUGAUAUGGCAGGAGCAGUCAGCCUGCGUUGUGAUGGUCACAAAUUUAGUGGAAGUUGGAAGAGUCAAGUGUUACAAGUACUGGCCUGACGACACUGAAGUUUAUGGGGACUUCAAAGUGACUUGUGUAGAGAUGGAGCCCCUCGCAGAAUAUGUUGUCAGGACCUUCACUCUGGGAAGGAGGGGCUACAAUGAAAUCCGUGAGGUUAAACAGUUUCAUUUCACUGGCUGGCCAGAUCAUGGAGUUCCUUACAAUGCCACAGGCCUGCUUUCCUUUAUACGGAGAGUCAAAUUAUCUAACCCUCCUAGUGCAGGGCCUAUUGUUGUCCAUUGCAGUGCUGGUGCUGGGCGGACAGGCUGUUAUAUUGUGAUCGAUAUCAUGUUAGAUAUGGCAGAAAGAGAAGGUGUUGUGGAUAUCUACAACUGUGUCAAAGCUUUGCGGUCCCGGCGCAUCAACAUGGUACAAACUGAGGAGCAGUACAUCUUUAUUCACGAUGCCAUUCUAGAAGCUUGCCUGUGUGGAGAAACUGCCAUUCCUGUCUGCGAAUUCAAAGCUGCUUAUUUUGAUAUGAUUAGAAUAGACUCUCAGACAAACUCUUCACAUCUCAAAGAUGAGUUUCAGACCCUGAAUUCUGUGACCCCUCGCCUGCAGGCAGAGGACUGCAGCAUCGCCUGCUUGCCAAGGAACCACGACAAGAACCGCUUCAUGGAUAUGCUGCCACCUGACAGAUGUCUGCCUUUCUUAAUUACUAUUGAUGGGGAGAGCAGCAACUACAUCAAUGCUGCUCUUAUGGACAGCUACAGGCAGCCAGCAGCUUUUAUCGUCACGCAGCAUCCUUUACCAAACACUGUGAAAGACUUCUGGAGAUUAGUGUAUGACUAUGGCUGUACUUCUCUUGUGAUGCUGAAUGAAGUCGACUUAGCACAGGGCUGCCCACAAUACUGGCCUGAGGAAGGGAUACUGCGGUACGGCCCCAUCCAAGUGGAAUGCAUGUCGUGUUCAAUGGACUGCGACGUCAUAAACAGAAUUUUCAGGAUAUGCAAUCUUACAAGACCACAAGAGGGCUAUCUGAUGGUGCAGCAAUUCCAGUAUUUGGGAUGGGCUUCUCACAGAGAUGUACCAGCUUCCAAGAGAUCCUUCUUGAAGUUAAUUCUCCAGGUUGAAAAAUGGCAAGAGGAAUGUGAAGAAGGGGAGGGCAGGACCAUCAUCCAUUGCCUAAACGGCGGUGGCCGGAGCGGGAUGUUCUGUGCCAUCGGCAUUGUGGUUGAGAUGGUAAAAAGGCAGAAUGUGGUGGAUGUUUUCCACGCUGUGAAGACCUUGCGGAACAGUAAGCCCAACAUGGUAGAAACUCCGGAGCAAUAUCGUUUCUGCUAUGAUGUUGCACUGGAGUACCUGGAAUCCUCUUAGUUGGAAAGGAUGUGACGAAGUUCACCAAAUAUAUGAAUCUCAAUAAGCUGUUUUGACAACAGUUCUUGAUCCUGUGAAGAAAGAUUUUAGGGGAAGAGGGGGGUGGGAGGGAUUUUAAAUUUUAAAUGCAAAGUAUUUUUCUUAUGAAGUUGUGUAUCUUAAUAAAAGAACUCAAUCUGUUUCUAUGCUUGUAUACAGUAUCAACAUUUAGUGCCACAUAAAUACUAUUUAAUGAAAACCAGAGUCAGAAGAGAUUUGCUCAAGUUAGGACCUUCUCGUGUGUGUAUAUGCAGCCGUCUCUCAGAUACAGUAGAGCGACCAUAUGUUGCAUGUAUCAAUAUUUCCUAUAUGGUAUUAAUUUUUUUUUCUUUUGAUACAUUGUUAAAGUACAAUAACAGUGCAGAUUGAUAGUAAGGUUCAUUCUUUAUACGUUUCAAGUGUUGCAUAUAUAUAUUAUAUAUAGUAAAAGAAAAACUGGCUUAUUUUGUUUUAAUGUGCAAUGAUGGCUGGAUCACAUAAAGAUCUUUAUAAAGAAACUUAAACAUAAGCCAAAGACUCAAGUGUAAAUAUGUCUAUAUGGAAAAAGCACAUGUAUUUAUUGUUUACUUGCAUUCCUUUUUUGAUGGCUGAAAAAAAGAAGAAUCAUUUUUCUUGAAGAAAGCUUUUUUUGCUGAAAUCAAGUGUAAACAAUUUUUGUAGUUUAUUUUUUGUAUGUUUUAGUGUAAGUAGAAGACAUACUUUUUAUGCAUAGAUCAAGAAACAUUGGUAUAGUGGUUUUGUUGUGUACAUGCUUGUGAUUCUAAUUAAUGUAAACAACUUGAUUAUAGGAGGUCUUUAAGUACAGGACCAAAAAUCUAAAGAUUUUCCUGAAAAUGUAUAGUUUUUCACCGUUGCAUUAGUUAGGUACUGACAAAAAAACUAUGUAAGGAAGUGCACACUUCAAAAUGGCCUUGCCUGUGACUUGCACAAUAUUGGAAGAAAUUUUUGAGAUCCAUUAAAACUGUACAGGAACCAAUUGUUUAAAAAAUAUUGAAGCACAGAUCAACAGAACUGUGACACAAAGAGAUGGGUCUGCAUAUGCCCUUCAGGGUAAAAAAGUAUUUGUUUAGCAAAUUGUAAAAUUAAGCAAUGUUUGAUUUGAUGUUUACAAACAUGUAAGCUUUGCUUCCAAGAAAGCAAAAUUUGAAUAAACCAAUGCCAGAUUCUGAUUAUACUUGUGGUGUACAAAAUAUUACUUUGCUUUUACUUAGCUUGCAGACAUUUCUUCACAAAGUUUCUUCUAUACUACCAGCUAAAAUCUGUUCAGUUGCUUCUUGGUCAUUUUUAGAACAGAGAGUAAAAUGCUAUGGUGCUUUUAAACAUUCUGUAAAGUAAGAGUGAACUAAAUUUUUAUUUAAAGAUUAUUAUAUAUUUUUUUCCUUCAUUGAUACCUUCUCAUUUACUGACCUUGUUAAGGAGUCAUUAUUUUCUGGAAGACGAAUAUAUUUGGAUAAGGAAAAUCUUGAAGGGAAAUUGUAUUAUUUUUCAUCCCGGUAUUUCAGGGAGUAUGUCACAAGGCUCCCUGUCAUCUGUAUGUCCUAAAUUUCUUCCUUCAGAUACAUGAAAUUAUCCAUUCAACACUAUAAACCACAGAGGAAUGUUUAGAGAAACACUGCUUCUCAGAUUUUUUUCAGUGACUCCAUCUGUAUUGCAUAGCUCCACUUCUUUCAAAUCUAAACCACUUUUUUUUUGUGUGUGUGUGUCACCCACUGUUAAUUCCUAGUUAUGAACAGCAAGGUAAAUAAAUAAGGUUUGAAACCUUCAC